AACUUUCCUAACAAUUAACUUGGCGCCAUCAUUAAUGACUUACAAACAAAAGAGAAAUCCCCAGAAAUACCCCACGUGAUCACCUCCUAAAAAAUGAUAAUUGGAAAAAUCCCGCCACCUCAGCCUCCAAAACGAGGCUGACAAAAAAUAUACAUCACCCAACCUCAAAAAAACCAUCCCGAUCGCAACCCCCACAACCUUCCCAAAACCCAAGUUUCCACUCCGAAAACCCCCAAAAACAUGGCCUCAAGAACCCUACGACCUCUUUUAAAUCGCAGCAGAUUCCAAUGUCUGCACACCCAAACACCCCGCUACCUCUCAAAAAGCACGAAGCAUCACUCCGCAGAAGCACCCAACCAAAGCACCCCCCACGAAAGAACAACACAUUUCGGGUUCGAGACCGUAGCAGAAGCCGAAAAGGAAGCUAGAGGUGUGUAGUACCUCCAAAGAAUCAAUGGAAUUGGUGCACAGCAAGGGGUGGUUGGUUAACGAAAUGGUUGUAGUGGCGGGAGUAUUCAGUAAUGUAGCGGAAUCCUACGAUGCGAUGAAUGAUUUUAUGAGUUUGGGGAUUCAUAGGUUAUGGAAGUAUAUCUUCCCUUUUUCCCCUCCCUUUCUCACCGAGAGACCCAAAGAAUGUGAGGGCAGAAGUAGAACGAAAGCUAACCCCCAAACCAGAGACCACUUCGUCCACUCCAUCAACCCAGGAACCUCCCUCCCCACCACCUCCCCAUCCACCGAACCCCAAGGCUGGAAAAUGCUCGACAUAGCCGGCGGCACAGGCGACAUAGCCUUCCGCCUCCUCGACCACGCAACACACAUCAACGCCUCCCCCUCAAGCACCAUAACAAUCUCCGACAUCAACCCCUCCAUGCUCUCCGAAGGCCGCAAACGGUCCCUAUCAACAUCCUACGCGCACUCCCCGCGUCUCUCCUUCCUGCUCGCCAACGCCGAGAACCUCCACACCGUACCCUCCUCAUCAAUCGAUCUCUAUACCGUCGCCUUCGGAAUCCGGAAUUUCACCGACAAGCCCAAGGCGCUGCGGGAAGCAUAUCGGGUGUUGAAACCCGGUGGUGUAUUCGCGUGCUUGGAGUUUAGUGGGGUGACGAAUCCGUUGUUGGAUGCGAUGUAUAAGCGGUGGAGUUUUGGGGCCAUUCCGUUGAUUGGACAGUUGGUUGCGGGGGAUCGGGCGAGUUAUCAGUAUUUGGUUGAGAGCAUUGAGAGGUUUCCAAAGCAGGAGGAGUUUAGGGAUAUGAUUAAGGAGGCGGGCUUUCAUGUGCCUGGAAAAGGAUGGGAAGACCUGACGGGUGGUAUUGCAGCUAUUCAUAAGGGUAUCAAACCAGUAGAGAAGGCAUAG